AUGAUGAUCUCUCGCUCACAUCUCCUACGUCCGUUUUUGUUCUCUUUACUUGUGGUCUCUUCUCUCGCUUCCAAGACCCUUCAUCUAUUUCAACAUUCACACUCCGUCAGGCAAUCGUCCUUGAUCCUCUACUUUCCUACGUUCUUUAUAAAUGAGACUCUUCUCUGUAUAGCGGUCUGGUUCUUAUUACAUACGACGUCCGGGUCGCAAUCCCUUGUUGGUGUCGCCAUUACUGGAUUAUUGGCAUUUAUCACUCUUUUCGCGUCCGCCUCUCAGAUCGGUUUUUAUUUUGUGACGGGCAGUGAGGUUCGGUGGGAUGCAGCUAAAAAUGUCGGCAAUGAUCCAGAGGGCAGGAAGCUGAUCCUGAGCGGUCUCAAACCCGUUCUCGCAGCAGCGUUGAUUCUCCUAACAGCCUCGUGGCUACUCACGCCAGGGAUCUUUGUGGUAUUUGGUCGAUGGGUUUCUAGUCUCUCUGCCCUGAUUCCUACCGACGAGCCGAGCGUGCAACUGCCCAUAUCAAACCGAAGGAGAAGAAGGCUAUCAAGGUGGUCUAGGAUUUGGACAUUAUGCGUGGCCUUGGUGACGGUUGGCUUAUGGAUCAUUCGGCCUGCAGUGCCCUUCAACCACAUGUCUGGGGCAGUCCCCUUCACCUUGUUUAUGGCUCUCCGUUCGCAGCCUCCGAAAUAUCGCCAGGCCGAUACCGAGCCCUUUCCAUUGCCAGACCUCUUACAGGAACAGUUCUGGGAGCCGGCGGAUGGCCAUUUCAAGGGAUGGGCGCCUGGCAUGGGUGAAUUUAUCUAUGCUGGAGAUUCUAAUUCGAAGCCUGACUGGGCGCCCGAGAUGUUGCCUCCUGGAUUUCACCGAUGGAGUAGCCCAGAAAAAGACGGGAUCAACCCGGACACCCCCCAGGACAAUCGCCCCGCCGCAGUCCCUCUACAAAACUACUAUGAUCCGAUCACAGACCCUCUUCGAAUCACGAAUUUGGAUCAAGACGUGUUGGAACCGCUGAAGACUGCGCUGAAAGAGCGUGAUGUCCCGAUAACUCAUGUCAUGUUGGUGCUGAUGGAAAGCGCACGGAAAGAUAUCUUUCCGUUCAAAUCGGAGUCUCACCUCCACCGCAGUAUCAUCGAGUCCUAUAACACUGAUGACCUCGGAUCUAUCGAAGAAGUCAAUCGGAAACUCGCACAUAUGACUCCUAUUGCCGAACUGCUCACCGGCGAAUCUUCCGGCUUUACCCCGUUGGACGAGACGGUGGGCGAACUGUGGAGCGAUCCGGCGGAACCUGGAAUGGGAGGCAUCAAUGUUGAAGGGAUCUUGACUGGCAGCAGCCUCUCGUUCAAGAGUGCCCUGGUGAACUACUGCGGGGUGGGUCCGUUGCCUGUCGAUUUCAUGAACGAGAUCCAGGCAGAGAUAUACCAGCCGUGCAUAAUGCACAUUCUGGAGCUCUUUAACCGGUUGAAGGAAACCACAUCCAAGGAACCAAGUCAGGAUUCCGGAAAUUCUAUGCAAUCGAUUCGGGAGCGAAAAUGGAAGUCGGUUUUUGCGCAAUCAAUUACUGGAUUAUACGAUGACCAAGAUGUGUUGAAUGAGCAAAUGGGCUUCAACAUGUCCAUCUACCGGGAAGAUAUCGCCGAACCCGAUGCCAAGUACUACCAUGAGGACAUGGAAGAGAUCAAUUAUUUCGGAUUUGCUGAAUCCGAAAUCCUCCCCUACAUGAGAGAUGUCAUCAAUGAAGCGGUGGAGAGCAAUACACGACUCUUUCUCUCGCACUUUACAAGCACGACUCACCAUCCGUGGGGCACCCCAGAGGCCUAUCCCAAUGAACAGUAUUUCGCGGGCGACAGCCUUCUUUCCAACCAUGAAGAUAUGAACAAUUAUCUGAACACAGUCCGCUACGUGGACACCUGGCUUGGAGAUAUUAUGGAGCUCCUUGAAGAGACCGGAAUCGCCAAUGAGACCUUGGUUGUGCUUGUCGGAGACCAUGGACAAGCAUUCAACGAGGAUAGCCGCAUCUCUGGAACCUACGAGAACGGCCAUAUUAGCAAUUUCCGUAUACCGCUGGUCUUCCGGCACCCGAAACUGCCCCGGAUGCAGGUCUCUGCGAACGCGACGACCAUGUCGAUUCUCCCAACAAUUCUCGACCUGCUAGUCCAGACCACGUCUCUCGACGAGAAGGAUUCCGAGGUGGCCCUGGACCUAAUGAAUGAAUACGAGGGCCAGUCUCUAAUUAGACCCUACAAGGCGAGUCAGAACGGUAGACAGGCGUGGAAUUUCGGCAUCAUCAACGCCGGCGGUACCAUGCUAAGCGUCGGAUCCGCCGCUGUGCCAUACCGUCUCAUCCUCCCCCUGACAGAAGACUACGAAUACAUCUUCUCUAACCUCGACGAGGACCCGGACGAGCUCUCGUCGAUAUGGGAGUGGCAGCUGGGUCCAUUGGUUGACCGUGUCCGUGAUAGGCAUGGCGACGAAGCCGCGAUCUGGCUGGUCGAUGCGGAGAAAAUCGGGCGAUGGUGGGUGGACGAGCGAAAGCGACUGUGGAAUUACCAUGAGACGGCCUAA